AUGACUCGUCUUAUUCAUAGCACGGAAACUGUCCGGCGUUUGGAAAGAAGUCGAAGUGCAGCUAGACCUCGUGGGGCUGCUAAUGCCCAAACAGCAAAGGGGCAGCCGUACGAAAUAACACUUGCUGUUCUAGGAGCAUCUAGGGUUGGAAAAUCAGCCUUAGUGUCUCAGUUCCUUUGGGAGGGCUUUCCGUAUGAUUAUCGUCCUACAGUAGAGGAGUUCAACUGGAUUGAAUACGAAACGGACGAGGGAGGACCACAUGUGAUGCUUCAAGUUAUUGAUUCCAGUGGAUCUCGUGAUUUCCUCGCUAUGCGACAGCUUUAUAUUCGAACUGCUCAUGUAUUCAUAGUUGUUUUCUCGGUUGAUGAUCCGGACUCGUUCGAAGAAGCCAAAAAGAUAGUUGAUGAAAUUCUGGAAAUACGACAACGUAAAGCUCCGAUCAUACUUGUUGCAAAUAAGAGAGAUUUAUAUGAAAACAUUGAAAAUUGGAAAGUUCACGAUUCUUAUAACUUUGCUUACAGCCGCAUGAUCCCACUAUUCGAGGUCACUGCCAAAGAACGUAAUGAGGUUCUUGACGCCAUCAACGACGCUUUGGAACGUUUACGUUCUUCCAAUGGAUCAGGAAUCUCGGUUCUGCGUAAACGGAGGCAGUCCAUGCCAAGUGCAAGAGCUUACAGUGGUAUUGAUGCCACCGAUAUCGAACGUCUUCAGCAAAAACAUAAAGCUAAAGCGAACUGCACCAUAUCAUAG